AUGGGUUCGCUCGCCUUCCCAACGCUGCUGCCCGAAGACAUGGCAUCUGCCACGACCCGGCCGCCCGAGCUUAGCGAUCCCGAGUAUGUGCAAGAGGUCUUGGGUCAGCCCGAGGGCUGGACGGAGCAAGAUGUUGAUGUGAAACUGGCUGCGAGGGCUUCCAAGCUAGGCAUCGACUUGUCGCUUCUCGACUCUGGACCACCAACGACAGAGAAACCAGGCACCUCGAGUGCCGAAUCUGCAGCGACAGCCACUACCCGUCGUGCGCGUACCGAUUCCACAGCGUCUGACGGCACCACAAGCACAGGUCUGACGUCACAGAAGUCGACUUCUCUUCCCGCGACGCUCACAGAGGCGGUCCCGAAGCUGGUGAGGAGGAGGUCUAAGGCCCCGAGUUUCUCCCCGUACGAGAAGUACCUUAGCGAGGUCGAUCCGAACCUCCCCCAGCCAAAGUUCCUCCCGCAUAUACACACAAAGCCCGAGAGGCCGACAAGUGUUUUCAGUAUGGGUUCAAGGAUAAGCGUGAAAGACUUCAGGCGUGGCAUUGCAUAUAGGUUGAGGUGGAAGAAGAAGCCAGCCCAGCGUCCCGAUUCCUGUAUAUGUUGCCGCGAGGAUUUUAGCAUGGAGCAUGAACCCCCGCAGACGCUUCCAUGCGGACAUACAUAUUGCAAGGGUUGCAUCGUAGUAAUGAUCAACCAGUCGACGACGGACGAAUCAAAGAUGCCACCUAGAUGUUGCACCCAGCCGAUACCAGGAUCCAUCCUGCGGUCCGUCCUCACACGCGACGAACAGCACAAGUUCCUGAAGGCCGUGUUGCAGUACAGCACCCCAUGGGAAUCCCGCAUCUUUUGCCCUAACACGUCAUGCGGUGAAUUCGUGCCGCCGCGAAGUAAGCUGGACCCGAAACAUCCAUUCGAGGUUGUGUGUGGGACUUGCAAGACAAGGGUGUGCGUCACGUGCAAAAGGAAUGGUCACAGGCUCGGGCAGGACUGUCCAGACGAUUGGGAACUAGACACUGUUCUCAAGAUAGGCGAGAAGUCGGGCUGGAGACGCUGCUACAAGUGUCGCACGCUCGUCGAGCUGACCCACGGUUGCACGCAUAUGACCUGCCGCUGCAAGGCGCAGUUCUGUUAUAUAUGUGGCGCCAUAUGGGAUCCUAUUGUUGGUUGUCCCAACUUCUGCAACGGAGAGGAGGAGCUCGAACGCCGCCGGUUGGAAGAAGAGGCGCGAAUGGCCGAGCUGGAAGCAGAGAAGCAAGCGCAGGAGGAGGAGGCGGUGCGUGAAGAAGCCGAUCGGCUCGAGGCGGAAAAGAGAACGGAGCAGAACGCAGAGUUCGAGGCUCUGCGCCAGACGCAGAUCAGGGAAAUGGAGCGGUUCGGGAAGUUCGAGCACAAGAUGAAGUGGCUUAUGUGGACGAGACAGUCCCAGGAGAGGCUGGCCUUGGUCGAAAGGUUCUCUGACCUGGCCGAGAAGAUGAAGGAGCGCCAUGCCAAGACGGAGCAACACCUCGAAGACCGCCAGCUCGAGGCAGAAGUCGAGCUGCGGAAGUCACUGGAACAGAGCGAGAGGAGCAUCAACAUCCAACUCAAGUACAUGGAGGCGUUUUGCAACGGCCUAGGGCGUUCCCCAACCAGUGAAAUGCCAGACCGGGAAGUCACCCAGAAGCAUCUCGAGCAGCUCGGACAGCAGUACCAUCUCAAAGAUGGCAUGAAACGCCGGCAUGAAGCGCAGAUCAAUGUUCUGAGAGAGAAGCAGACGAAGCAGAUGGAAGAGUUGCAACAACGCCAAGAGAAGGAGAUGGAGAAGCUCGUGGAGAAGAAGACGGAGGAGUUCGAAAGCCUGGACCUCGAGUUUACAAAUGAGGAGGACGCACUUGUGCGCGGAUUCUCGGAGAGGAAGGAAAGGAUUGAAAUGAGAUGGCGGCUAGAGAUUGAGCUGCUCAGGAAUGAGCUGGGGACGAGGGAUGGCGUGAAAUAUGCGCCAAUACCACUGCCCGAAUGGCCACCGAGCCGCGGAAGCCAGGACGACAGCUUGCCAUCGGUUGGGGAAGACGAGGUCUACUGA